AUGGGUAAAAAGAGGUCGAGGGAGGAGGCCAAGGACGUGCCGCCCGCGGAUGCAGGUGCCGACCGAAUGGAAGAGGACAGCAGCGAUGACGAGGAUUUUGACAUGGUCAAUGUGGACUUUGAGUGGUUCAACUUUGAUCCCGAGAUUGAUUUCCACGGCACAAAGUCAUUGCUUCGGCAGCUCUUCGAUGUCGACGCCAACCUCUUCAGCAUGUCUGCGCUGUCGGAUCUGAUCCUGUCGCAGCCGACGAUUGGCUCCACGGUCAAGGUUGACGGCAAGGCCAACGACGCCUAUGCCAUGCUCACGGUUCUCAACACAUACGAGCACCGCGAAAAGGAGCCCAUGAAGGAUAUCCUCAAGUACAUCGUGGACAAGGCCCAGACCAACCCUUCAAUAUCGGCCGUUGCCGAGCUCAUCACCGCACAAAAGCCCGUCGGCCUCGUCUUCUCGGAGCGGCUCAUCAACAUGCCGUCCGAGAUUGCGCCGCCGCUGUAUACAAUGCUGGUUGAAGAAGUGGAGGAUGCCAUCGAAGACAAGGAGCCAUACGAAUUCUCUUACUAUCUCAUCUUUUCAAGAACGUACCACGAGGUAGAAUCGACGCUGGACGUGGAGGACCGAAAACGAAAAAAGGCCAAGGAAGAGGCUUCGACCUAUCACUUCCACCCCGAGGAUGAGAUUCUACAAAACUACGCCGUAGCGCACGGCAGCUUCCGGUACACAAAAGAGGACGAUGCGGUGGCAGACAGCAAGCGGGCGUUUCAAGAGCUGGGUAUCAAGACAUUUGGACACAUGAUCCUCAUUGAGGCGAGUAAAUUCAAGGAGGCGGUCAAGGCUGUGAGUGAUUAUAUAGCUGCGCCGCAAUAG